AUGUUUAGUAGUAGAUUUGCUCCAAGAAUCGGAUUCAGAAGAUUGCCAUUGUCAUCCUUUAGCAGAUGUUACUCAGGUGUGACCCCAAGAAGGGAGGUAAUCAAACGUGAAAAAGGUAGACUUACCAGUGUAUUUUUGAUGUUUUUAAUGUCUUCAGGGUUAUUAUACCUUGCCACAGGGAAAAUGGAAAAAAAUACCAGACCAAAGUUCUCCUUUUCUGAUAAGGAAUACGAAGAAUAUGAGAAUGUGACUGGGUUGAAAAGAAGACAUAAGUUGAUUCUUCAAAAUGAUAAAUAUCGAUUCUUUGCUGUGCCUUAUGUGAAAACUGAAAAAUAUAUUGAAAAGUUGACAGAAAAACUCUCUGACCAAGAAGUGAAAAUCUUGGACAUCGAUCAAUUGAUUGCAGCUGAAAAGGAAGAUGUAACGAAAAAAUACUCAUUAUUAUUGAAGGAUUUGGACCAACAAUCGAAGUCAUAUCCUAAAGGGUUGAUCACAGCUAUAAUUAAGAAGGAAGUAGAGUUUUACUUGAACACUAGUCGUGGUCAACAUAAUACCAACUUUAUCUUAAAGAAUUACCCCCAAACAACUGAUGAAGCAAUGAAGUUUGAAAAUGAAGUUUCCACCUUGGAAAGCUGUAUUGUCUUGGAAAAGGAUUUUACAGACUCAUUAGCUAAGGAAGAUACUCAAAUGGAAAGAAAUAUUCUUAAUGUUGCUGGCUAUUUCGAAACAGUUGGUAGAACCAUCAAGAUCACCUCCAGCCCAAAUAAAAUGGCUAAAGAAUUGUCAAUAUUGGAUGAUUAA